CCCCGCGGCGACCGCUCCGCUCAAUGUUUUCUUUUAUUUUCCAUUUCUUGAGACUGCAUCCCAUUCUUUCGGCCUCUUGUAAUUGAGAGCAUCGAUUCUUGAGACCUGGCAGGAAGAGCAAUUAUCUCUACUUUCGCUCAGGUUAUGAGUGGAGUUAGGAAAUCGCGGAAUGGGUGCACACGCUGUAAAGAUAAGCGGUUGAAGUGUGAUGAAAGGAAGCCUGCCUGCGAUCGGUGCGUUCGGAGGGGCCUCACAUGCCCCGGUUAUGUGCAACCGCUACGAUGGUCGACCAAGUACGAGAUCUUCAGUCCCAACAAGAGGGGAAACUCGUCAAGAUCGUUGGAUACAAAACCCAAGCCGGUCAGUGCUACCCGGGCAGUGGAAGAAAACUCACCGAUAUCUCAACUCUCUGGUACGGCAUCAGAAGAUCGGGACGAAAUGUCGACGAUAGGCAUUGAGGACUGGCCUGUGAUAGGGUCAUCCCUAGAAGACGAGAGCCUUGAGUUUGAUAGUUCUUUGGAUUUUGACUUUGAUCCAAUUUUGUCUCACUUUCUCAAUGGUCCUGAAUCCCUACCGCCAAACCAAAUGUUCGAGGAUCUCCACUCGCGGCCCGACCCAAGUCCAUCGCAGCCGCUCGGGGGCUCAGUGCUGAGAGAAGCCUUUUCCCCAUUGGUGCCGGUCUCCACUCCCCGAACAGAAAUUGAAGAUCAUCUUCCUCCAACCAAACAUGAUCAACAUGAUCAAUCGGUUGUACUAAGUCGACCACACCAAUUGGACGAGUUCCAAAAGUCUCCCGCCAGCGACCAUACUGUCAUGACUUUUCCGAUCGACAGGUCAUUGACGCCGACAUCAUUGAUGCUCAUUGAAUACUAUUUCAAAGAAGUCGCGGCAAUUUUCUCUUGCUAUGAUAGUCAGAUGAAUCCUUUUCGAACGACGGUUUCGCGGAUGUGGAACUCGAGUCCCUCAAUGUAUCAUGCAAUGCAGAGCAUGGCAGCCGCUUGUCUUGCAGAUGACUUCCCACAACUGAACGGUAUAGGUGUUCAGUUGCGUAGAGAAGCCGCGGCAUCGCUUCAGACAGAGCUGAAUGCUCCGAAUGUGGACAAUAAAUCAUUACUCGCUCUGAUAAUGCUGGGGCAGACAGCAAGCUGGCAUAACCCGAAAGAUCUGGGUAUUGCAGAGUUCAACCAAGCGAAACAAAUAAUCAACUCCAUGCUCUCAAAGCGCUAUUCGGGCCAAUCAGGAGGAGAUAGUCGCAACCUGCAAUUUUUCAGCGAAUCGAUAAUCUACUGGGAGAUGCUACUCUCGUAUGUCACAGAAAGCGACCAGCUCGGAUUGCCUGCUUCGGAGAUUUCUCGUGCCGACACACUGACGCCAAAUUUUGUGCCCCAUCCAUGGACUGGAAUUGCGCGCGAAGCACAGCUGACAGUUUACGAAAUCGGAAAACUCAUUCGUGGGGAAAGGAUGCGCGUUCGAAUGCGAAAAUUUACUUCAAGGGCAGAUAUCGAGCAAAUCCAGCAAGCAAUCAGUAUCGCGCAAACCCUCGAAGAGAGACUCUUGACGAUGACUUGUCCUGCUGAAAACGCCGUGAUCAACCCCAAGGAUGACAGAACCCCAGUUAGGCAUCUUUUGGAUAUCGCCGAAGUCUAUCGUUGCAUCGGCUUGCUUCAACUCUAUCGCGUCUUCCCGGAUCUCUUGAGCCGGCGGUUACAAACAGGGGCGCCUUCACCGGACUUUGGUGCAAGCAUGAACGGGCUGGCUAUGCACAUGUCCCAGAAGUCUGGAAGCACGGGAACAGAUGUUGACACUGAUUACCAGGACGAGGAAUCUGUCAUGGAUACAUGGCUCACCCAACUGGCCAUGUAUAGCCUCAAUCUACUCAAAUCUAUUCCCUUGGAGUCACGGACCAAGUGCGUGCAACCAUUUCUGCUCGUUGCCGCAGCCAGUGAACUUCGACUCUCCAGCGCUAGUCUUAGCCCUGGAGUAGUAGUCCAAAGCCCAGAUAACAUCUCGCUGCAAACUGUCAGCAUCGUGCGAACACGAAAUUUUAUCACUAGUCGAUUGACGUCCUUUUUGCACUUUCUUCCUCCGAAACCCAUUCACGUCUUGCUAAAGCUUGUGCGCGAGACAUGGGCACGGAUGGACUCGGGGGAUAGAAAUGUCUACUGGAUGGAUAUCAUGAUUGAGAAUGGAUGGGAAACAACCAUGGGCUAGCUAGUCACAAGAGUCCAAUACUAUUGACCAAGUGUCAACCGCCUGGCGUGGAGCAUCUACACCGGACUAGUCGGAUGAUUUUGAUAAUUUUCAUAGGAGCCGUGAUGCUGAAUUUUCGACGUCCCAGCAUAGGACCUGCAUAGGCCCCAGAAGCAGAAACGGGACGUCGAAGUAGAACGGGGGAUAGAAGUUUCUGUACAUUUCCACUGUGGCGCAUCCAGCAGUGCAUGUAUUCAAUAUUAUUCGUUCCCCGAGACUUUCAGGUCAACAGUAAGCGUCUACUAGGAAAGAGAGCCAGACCUGCUCUCUUCGCCCUCCUUGGAUCCACAAACCACAGAGAGCAUGUUGUAAUAUGAUUCUAUAGCAUAGUUAUAUACCCGUAUUCAGGAACUAAAUUACAAUCAAGAAUCCAUCUAG